AUGAUGUACGGUGCUUUUGGCCAAUUCAUGUGCUACGCCGUCAUUACCAUCUGUAUUCGUUACAAUGAAAUGGCUGGCCUGGCACCAGAGACGCAGUCCCAGUGGGCAAAGGCUUCCAUCGCCUUCUUCUUCUUGUACUAUGUCUUCUUUGGCAUUUGCUGGCAGGGUGUGCCUUGGCUGUACCCCACCGAGAUCAACAGCUUGUCCAUGCGUACCAAGGGAGCCGCUCUCGGCACCGCAACGAAUUGGAUUGUCAACUUCAUGGUCGUCGAGAUCACACCACCAGGCAUCUCUUCCCUCGGCUGGCAAUUCUACAUCAUCUGGACAGUCUUCAACUUCUCCUUCAUCCCCAUCGUCUAUCUCUUCUACCCCGAAACAGCAGACCGCUCCCUCGAGGAUGUGGACCGUUUCUUCGCAGACAACCACGAUAUUUUCGUCUUCCGCGACAAGGACGCCACAAGCUCAAAGCGGCCGAUGAAGUACAUCGCGCAGGAAGAGGAGGCGAUCACGAAGCGGAACAGUCGGGGCGGUGUGCCUGGUGCUGAGGAGGAGGAUAUGUUGAGGCGAAGAGGGGCUGUGGAGAAGAUGAAGAAGGGGCGUGAGGAUGAAGAGCUGGCGUUCGGAGAGCAUAAGGAGAGAAGAUAG